AUGCCUCCGAAGAAGAAGGGCGGCAAGAAGGCCCAGCAGGACGACUGGGAGGCCGAGCUGGGCGAGACCAUCGACCCGAUAGCCGCCGCGACCGAGGCCGCGAAGCAGGAAGAGGAUGCCAAGGACGCCGCCGAGGACGGUGAGGAGACGGGCGGCGGCGGCGGCGGCGGCGGUCUGAUGGCCGCGCUGCGCAAGAACAAGGGCAAGCGCGCCAAGAAGGGCAAGGUCAACGACUUCCUCGAGGGCGAGGACGCGCCCGGCUCCGGCGACGCGAGCGGCGCGCAGACCCCGCAGCAGGAGGACCUCGCCGCCAAGGCGCCCGAGGAGGCCAACAUGGACGACGACGACCUCUUCGGCCCGGUGAAGAAGGGCAAGGGCGGCAAGCAGCAGCAGCAGCAGCAGAAGACGCAGGAGAAGGAGGAUGAUGACGAGGAGGAAGAAGGCGGCCGCGUGAAGUCGAAGAAGGAGAAGGAGAAGGAGAAGAAGGAGCGCGAGAAGGCGAGGAAGAAGGAGCAGGCUGCCAAGAAGAAGACCGCUGCGCCCCCUCCCGCCCCCAAGGCCGAGCCCGCAAAGGCUGCUGAGGUGAAGCCCGAGGCUGCGCCUGCUCUGGAGCCCGAGAAGCCUGCUGCCGGCGGUAAGAAGAAGAAGCUCAGCCCGGCCCUUCUCGCUCUUCAGAAGCAGCAGGAAGAGCGGAAACGUCUCGAGGAGGAGCAGGCCCGUCUGGCUGAGGAAGAGAAGAAGCGCAUCGAGGAGGAAGAACGCUUGAACGAGGAAGAGGAGCAAAAGAAGGCCGAGGCCAGAGCCCAGAAGAAGCAGAGGGAGAAGGAAAAGAUCGAGCAGCUCAAGCGUGAGGGCAAGUACCAGACCAAGGCCCAGAAGGAAGCCCAAAGGCAGGCCGAGCUUCGCAUGAAACAGAUGAUCGCAAGCGGCGCCAAGGUUGCCGGUCUCGAGGACCCCGACACUAAGAAAAAGCCCACGUACGACAAGAAGAAGAAGGGCAAGAAGCAAGCUCCUCAGGCGCCCAAGGUUGACGAGAAGGCCGAGGAGGAGGCGCGCAAGAAGCUCGAGGAGCUCAAGCUCAAGGAGGAGCAAGAAAAGAAAGCCGCUGAGGAGGCGGAGAAGGCCAAGAAAGAUGCUGAGGCUAAGAAGGCUGAGGAGGAUGAUGAUGAUCUCGAGGACUGGGAGGCCCUCGCUGACAAGGAGGAGGGCGUCAACCUGGACGGAGUCAAAGACAGCUGGGAUGCUGAGACCGAUGACGAGGAAGCCAAGCCCGCUGCAGCAGCAAACGGCAAGAAGGCCGAGGACUCCGAGUCUGAAGAGGACUCUGAUGAAGAUUCCUCAUCUGAAGAGGAGGAAAUGACUGCUGCCGAAAAGGCGGAGGCUGCUCGCAAGGCUGCAGCUGCGGAGCGCCGUAAGCAACAGCACGAGGCGGCCCUCGCUGCUCGGUCGAAGGACGACCUGCGCUCUCCUAUUUGCUGCAUUCUCGGACACGUCGAUACUGGUAAGACGAAGCUACUUGACAAGAUUCGUCAAACGAACGUCCAGGAAGGUGAAGCUGGUGGUAUCACUCAGCAGAUUGGUGCUACCUACUUCCCCGUUGACGCAUUGAAGAAGAAGACGAAUGUCGUUAAUAAGGAUGGCUCGUUCGAGUUCAAGAUCCCUGGUCUCCUUGUCAUCGACACGCCUGGUCACGAGUCUUUCACUAACCUCCGAUCUCGCGGUUCGUCCCUCUGCAACAUCGCCAUUCUCGUUGUCGAUAUCAUGCACGGUCUUGAGCCCCAGACUCUUGAGUCCAUGAGGCUGCUGCGUGACAAAAAGACUCCGUUCAUUGUCGCACUCAACAAGAUCGAUCGUCUCUACGGCUGGAAGAAGAUUGACAACAACGGUUUCCGCGAGAGUUUGUCCUUCCAGAACAAGGCUGUCCAGAACGAGUUCAGGGACCGUCUCGAGAAGACCAAGGUGGCCUUUUCCGAGCAAGGUUUCAACUCUGAGCUGUUCUACGAGAACAAGUCCAUGGCCCGCUACGUCUCCCUUGUGCCCACGUCCGCCCACACGGGUGAGGGUAUUCCCGACAUGCUUAAGCUUAUCACCACCCUCACUCAAGAACGUAUGACCAAUAGCCUGAUGUAUCUUUCUGAGGUCGAGGCGACAGUUCUCGAGGUCAAGGUUGUCGAAGGUCUCGGCACCACUAUCGAUGUCAUCCUGUCCAACGGUGUGCUGAAUGAAGGUGAUCGGAUUGUUCUCUGCGGUACACAAGGAGCUAUAUCGACGAACAUCCGUGCUCUUCUAACACCGGCGGAGAUGAAGGAGCUACGUAUCAAGUCGCAGUACGUGCACAACAAGACGAUCAAGGCUGCCAUGGGUAUCAAGGUUGCUGCCGACGGCCUCGACAAUGCUGUGGCCGGUUCGCGUCUCAUGGUUGUUGGUCCUGAGGAUGACGAGGAGGACCUGGAGGAAGAGGUCAUGGGUGAUCUUGAGAACCUUCUGUCCCGCAUUUCCAAGACUGGCCGUGGUGUCAGUGUCCAGGCGUCUACUCUUGGUUCCUUGGAAGCUCUUCUCGAGUUCUUGCGUGUGUCCAAGAUUCCUGUCGCCAACAUCUCGAUUGGUCCCGUCUUCAAGCGUGAUGUUAUGCAGUGUGGUAUCAUGCUUGAAAAGGCCAAGGAAUACGCGGUCAUGCUCUGCUUCGACGUGCGUGUCGACAAGGAAGCGCGCGAGUAUGCGGAGCAGAAUGGCGUCAAGAUUUUCGAGGCGGACAUCAUCUACCACCUGUUCGACGCCUUCACGGCCCACAUGAAGGAGCUGGAAGAGCAGCGCAAGGAGGAGAGCAAGAUGCUCGCCGUCUUCCCCUGCGUGCUCCGUCCCGUUGCCGUCUUCAACAAGAAGGACCCCAUCGUCGUCGGUGUCGAUGUCAUGGAAGGCAACCUCAAGCUCCUCACCCCCAUCUGCGCGAUCAAGGAAAACCCUGUCACCAAGCAGAAGGAAAUCAUCUCGCUUGGUCGUGUCCAAUCUAUCGAGCGCGACCACAAGCAGAUUCCCGUCUGCAAGAAGGGCCAGCCCUCGGUCGCGGUCAAGAUCGAAGGUCCCAACCAACCGCUGUAUGGCCGCCACCUCGAGGAGAAGGAUACAUUGUACAGUCUGAUCUCGCGGCAGAGCAUCGACACGCUCAAGGAGUUCUUCAGGGCCGAUGUCAGCAUGGACGAAUGGGCAUUGAUCAAGAAGUUGAAGCCGAUGUUCGAUAUUCCUUAG